AUGCAACACUGCCAGUCACCGCGCUCUGAGCCACUUCUGUGUCUCUCGAUUUCUGAUAUCAUGCUCUCCCCGGUUCUCUUUGUCCUUUCUGGAAUCUUAACUACCUUGCCAGCCCCACUUUGUGCAACAGGUCCCCAGGGUUCAUUAAAGGAAGGUGCCAAAGGUUCUCUUCAGAAAAGCUUCGGGAUUCUUAAUGAAGCCAAGAAGUUAGCAAAUGAUGUAAAAGAAAAUGAUGACCAACUGAAUGGCUUGACAGCCAGAUUAGACGAUGCCAAUAUCAGAAACGGGGAUCUCCUAAGAGCUUUGAAUGACACUUUGGACAAGCUAGCAGCCAUUCCAAAUGACACAGCCACUAAACUGCAAGCCGUUAAAGACAAAGCAAGACAAGCCAACGACACAGCUAAAGAUGUACUGGCGCAGAUUAAAGAUCUUCACCAGAACCUUGAUGGCCUGAAGAAAAAUUACAAUCAACUAGCAGACAGCGUAGCCAAAACAAAUGCUGUGAUAAAAGAUCCUUCAAAGAACAUUGCAGAUGCAGAUGCCACUGUGAAAAAUCUAGAACAAGAAGCCGAUAGACUGAUAGACAAACUUAAACCCAUCAAGGAGCUUGAGGAUAACCUGAAGAAAAAUAUCUCUGAGAUAAAAGAACUGAUAAACCAAGCCCGAAAACAGGCUAAUUCCAUCAAAGUAUCUGUGUCUUCGGGAGGUGACUGCAUUCGAACAUACAAGCCAGAAAUCAAGAAAGGAAGCUACAAUAAUAUCAUUGUCAAUGUAAAGACGGCUGUUGCAGACAACCUCCUUUUUUAUCUUGGAAGUGCCAAAUUUAUUGACUUUCUAGCUAUAGAAAUGCGUAAAGGCAAAGUAAGCUUCCUCUGGGAUGUUGGAUCUGGAGUUGGGCGUGUCGAGUACCCAGAUUUAACUAUUGAUGACUCAUACUGGUACCGUAUUGAGGCAUCGAGAACUGGGAGAAAUGGAACUAUUUCCGUGAGAGCUCUGGAUGGACCCAAAGCCAGCAUUAUACCCAGUACAUACCAUUCAGCAUCAUCCCCUGGGUACACUAUUCUAGAUGUGGAUGCAAAUGCAAUGCUGUUUGUUGGUGGCUUGACUGGGAAAUUGAAGAAGGCUGAUGCUGUGCGUGUGAUCACAUUCACUGGCUGUAUGGGAGAAGCAUACUUUGACAGCAAACCUAUAGGAUUGUGGAAUUUCCGAGAAAUAGAAGGUGACUGCAAAGGAUGUACCGUCAGUCCACAGGUGGAAGAUAGUGAGGGGACCAUUCAGUUUGAUGGAGAAGGCUAUGCAUUGGUCAGUCGCCCCAUUCGCUGGUACCCCAACAUCUCCACUGUCCUGUUCAAGUUCAGGACAUUUUCUUCAAGUGCUCUCCUGAUGUACCUUGCCACACGAGACCUGAGGGAUUUCAUGAGUGUGGAGCUGACUGAUGGGCACAUAAAAGUCAGCUAUGAUCUGGGUUCAGGAGUGGCUUCCGUGGUCAGCAACCAAAACCACAAUGAUGGGAAAUGGAAAUCAUUCACCUUGUCAAGAAUUCAAAAACAAGCCAACAUAUCAAUUGUAGAUAUUGAUACUAACCUGGAGGAAAACAUAGCAACUUCAUCUCCUGGAAACAACUUUGGUCUUGACUUGAAAGCAGAUGACAAAAUAUAUUUUGGUGGUCUGCCAACACUGAGAAACUUGAGUAUGAAAGCAAGGCCAGAAGUAAAUGUGAGGAAAUAUUCUGGUUGCCUCAAAGAUAUUGAAAUUUCAAGAACUCCAUACAAUAUACUUAGCAGCCCUGAUUAUGUUGGUGUUACCAAAGGAUGUUCGCUGGAGAACGUUUACACAGUUAGCUUCCCCAAGCCUGGUUUUGUAGAGCUGUCUCCUGUGCCUAUUGAUGUUGGAACAGAAAUCAAUCUGUCCUUCAGCACCAAGAAUGAGUCUGGGAUCAUUCUCUUGGGAAGUGGAGGGACACCCAUUCCACCUAGGAGAAAACGACGGCAAACUGGACAGGUCUAUUAUGCGAUCUUCCUGAACAGGGGCCGUCUGGAACUGCAUCUCUCCGCCGGGGCGCGCACCAUGAGGAAAAUUGUCGUCAAACCGGAGCCGAAUCUGUUUCACGACGGGAGAGAGCAUUCUGUCCAUGUAGAGAGAACUAGAGGCAUGUUUACUGUUCAAGUGGAUGAAGACAGAAGGCAUAUGCAAAAUCUGACAGUAGAACAGGCAAUAGAAGUUAAAAAGCUUUUCGUUGGGGGUGCUCCACCUGAAUUUCAACCUUCCCCACUCAGAAAUAUUCCUCCCUUUGAAGGCUGUAUAUGGAACCUUGUUAUAAACUCUGUCCCUAUGGACUUUGCACAGCCUAUAUCCUUCAAAAACGCAGACAUUGGUCGCUGUGCCCAUCAAGAACCCCCUGAGGAGGAGGCUGGAGCCGUCACGGCUGAAACGGUCAUCCAGCCAGAGCCGGUUCCCACGCCGGCGGUUCCCGCGCCCAGCCCAUUUCUGACACACGGUCCUUGUGCAGCAGAAUCAGAACCAGCUCUCCUGAUAGGGAGCAAACAGUUUGGGCUUUCGAGAAACAGUCACAUUGCAAUUGCAUUCGAUGACACCAAAGUUAAAAACCGUCUCACCAUUGAAUUCGAAGUGCGAACUGAAGCUGAAUCAGGCUUGCUCUUCUACAUGGCUCGCAUCAACCACGCUGAUUUUGCUACAGUUCAGCUGAGACAUGGAUUGCCCUACUUCAGCUAUGACUUGGGCAGUGGCAACACCAGCACUAUGAUCCCCACCAAAAUCAAUGAUGGCCGGUGGCACAAGAUUAAGAUUAUGCGAGUUAAGCAAGAAGGAGCUAUUUAUGUAGAUGAUGCCUCCAACAGAACCAUCAGUCCUAAGAAAGCUGAUAUUCUGGAUGUUGUGGGAAUGCUGUAUGUUGGUGGGCUACCCAUUAACUAUACUACUCGAAGAAUUGGUCCAGUGACCUACAGCAUUGACGGCUGUGUUAGAAAUCUUCACAUGGUGGAAGCGCCUGUGGAUCUUGAACAGCCAACCUCCAGCUACCAAGUCGGAACAUGUUUUGCAAAUGCUCAGAAAGGAACAUAUUUUGAUGGAACAGGUUUUGCCAAAGCAGUUGAUGGAUUCAAAGUGGGAUUGGACCUUCUUGUAGAAUUUGAAUUCCGCACAACUAGAACCACUGGAGUUCUUCUGGGAAUCAGCAGCCAAAAAAUGGAUGGAAUGGGUAUUGAAAUGAUUGAUGAAAAGCUCAUGUUUCAUGUGGACAAUGGCGCCGGUCGAUUCACAGCCAUCUAUGAUGCUGGGAUCCCAGGGCAUUUGUGUGAUGGACAGUGGCAUAAAGUCACAGCCAACAAGAUCAAACACCGCAUCGAGCUGACAGUCGAUGGGAACCAGGUGGAAGCCCAGAGCCCAAAUCAAGCAUCUACAUCUGCUGAUACAAAUGACCCUGUGUUUGUUGGUGGGUUCCCCGAUGGCCUCAACCAGUUUGGCCUGACAACAAACAUUCCUUUCCGAGGUUGCAUCCGAUCCCUGAAGCUUACCAAAGGCACGGGAAAGCCACUGGAGGUGAAUUUUGCUAAGGCCCUGGAACUAAGGGGUGUUCAACCUGUAUCAUGCCCAGCCAACUAAUACAGAUAAGUUCAACUCCAAGGAGGGUCCUCCAAAACAACCAUUAUCAAGUAAAACAAAUACAUUUUAUUUACGUAUGCUAUCAAAACUAAUUUGUGCAUGCAUGUUGAAUGCUUUCUAUAUUCCAACGGUGCUAAUUCAGAUCCCAGACUGAAUUUUAAUUCAAGUUCUUUCUCAAGUCCAUAACUAUUAAACCAUUUAUUGCAUUCGAAAUAA